AUGGGGGAUACCGAGUGUCAGAAGGACAGCUGCUCGAGCUGCCGCGUGCCGGCUUACGAGACAUGGACCAUCCGGGGCAUUUGCGAGGAGGAAGAGCGCAUGAAUUACUUGGACUUGGAGGCAUCUCCGCUAGGUUUACGAGGAUAUGGCGAGUAUGCCAUCCGUCGCCUGGAGGGAAUUUGGACGUGGUACAACUCGGUGUCUGGCAAUACUAUUGCCAAGUUUGUGCCUGAGAAAGGGCAACCCGACUACCCUUUUGGGAGACGCAUUUGGAAUUUGACGACUGACGUGUGUACGGCGACCGCAGGCAGCGCGCUGGAGAUCACACUCUCGCCGUGCGGCCCCGGCCACUUCACCUGCACCGACGGCAAAUGCAUCGACUUCGGCAGUCGCUGCGACCUCAAGUUUGACUGCGAUGACAAAACCGACGAAUCUUUCUGCGAUAUUGUCAACUUCCCUCCGGACUACAAGCUGAACUUGCCACCGCGACCGUUAAGCAACUCUCCACUGCCGAUUUCCAUCAACGUGUCCAUAGACACGAUGGACAUCAACACCGAGACCAUGAUGCUGUCAAGCAGUUACAACCUGCGCAUGACUUGGUACGACAACAGACUCUCCUACAACAACCUCAAGCAACUCACCCGACUCAACACACUAUCAAAGACACAAGUGGACGAGCUUUGGAAGCCUCUCAUUGGCUUCAUCAACACCGACGACAUCCAGCAGUCAGCGGUAGACGAGGACGCCAUUACGACUAUCAUAAAACACACCAAGAAUUUCGCGCACAACCUCACCAACUCUUACGAAGUGGAGAUAUACGGCGGAUCUGAAAAUCCAAUAUCGACAACGCGCAAAUACUUCACAAUCUUCAAGUGCAACUUUGACCUCACGCUCUACCCGUUUGAUAUUCAAGAAUGCUUCAUUCAGUUCAAGAUUUUGUCUGCUUCAGAUGAGUACCUUGUCUUCAAUAUAAGCGAGUCGUAUGUCGAGUACCUUGGAUCGAAGUACCUGGUAGAGUAUGGGAUCGGUCGAGUAGCGCUGGAAGAGGACGUCACCAAGCAAUACGCGGCGGCGCGAGUGACGGUUCAGCUCGUCCGGCGCUACGGUUAUGCGAUGCUCAACAUUUACAUCCCGUCCAUGAUAUUGCUCAUCAUCAGCUGCCUCACUCUCUUUUUCAGGCCGCCAAUCUUCGAGGUUCGCCUCAUGACCGCUCUUACGUCGCUACUUGUGCUGGCCACGCUCUUCACACAAGUAUCUGCCUCGCUGCCCAAGACAUCCUACUUUAAAAUGGUGGAUAUUUGGCUACUUUUUUGCAUCUUCGCUAUCUUCCUGAUUAUCGCAUUCCAUGCUGUCAUCGAUAACUACAUCGACUACGGAUCUAGCAUCAACAGCGGCGGCCAUUACGAGACUAUGGUCACUGCGUGGACCAACAAGGACGAGAUCAAGACAGUGAAGGAGAUCUUGAGGACUGGCACAGACGGAGUCAUGGCCAAUAAACUGCAUAUUUGGAUCGUAGCUUCAAAGGUCGUGACUUUCUUUCUUUCUGCGGUUUUCAAUUUCGUCUACUGGGGUUUGCUUGGAGUCUCUUCCGGACUCGUUUAUCAAUACUAGCUACCAAUAAUAUCAUAUCCAGGAACCUGAACUUGGGACAAGU